AUGCGACUUAAUUUAUUGUAUACGGCUGCGGCUCUCUCGCUGUGCGCUGGCAACGUAUCGGCCACCUCCCAUGGUCGAUUCGGCCAGAGGGCUCGCGACUCCUUGAAUUUGGCGAAACGGGGCGCGCAGACCGCUACUGAGUCGAACAGCGCUGCAAAGGAGGAUUUCCGUUUCUUGAACAAGCAGACCCAGCCCUACCUCGUCGACAAGCUCCCCGAUGUCAACUACGAUAUCGGUGAAAUCUAUUCUGGAUCGGUGCCGAUUGAUGAGAAGAAUGACUCGCGAUCGCUUUUCUUCAUCUUCCAGCCGAAGCUUGGGGAGCCUGUGGACGAAGUUACGAUCUGGCUUAAUGGCGGCCCUGGAUGCAGUUCUCUCGAGGGUUUCUUCCAGGAAAAUGGUCGGUUCCUGUGGCAUCCUGGUACUCUGGCGCCGGUUGAGAAUCCUUAUUCCUGGGUGAACCUCACAAAUAUGCUAUGGGUUGACCAACCCGUUGGAACUGGGUUUAGCACCGGUACACCGACUGCAGUUUCCCAGGAAGAGACGGCAGAAGACUUUGUCAAGUUCUUCAAGAAUUUCCAACAGGAGUUCGGAAUCAAGAACUUCAAAAUCUAUGUCACCGGGGAGAGUUAUGCGGGUCGUUAUGUGCCCUACAUUUCAGCCGCGAUUCUUGACCAGAAGGACAAGGAAUUCUACGACCUCGCAGGAGCCCUCGUGUACGACCCCUGCAUCGGCCAAUUCGACUACGUCCAGCAAGCAGCCCCUGCCGUCCCCUUCGUGGUCGAAAACGCCAACUUCUUCAACUUCAACCAGUCUUUCCUCGAAGAGCUAGAGACACUACACGACAAAUGUGGCUACAAGGACUUUAUCGACGAAUAUCUCGUCUUCCCUCCAUCCGGAGUGCAGCCACAAAAGCAAUUCCUAGACGGCGAGUGUGACGUGUUCGAUCUCAUCAAUAACGAGGCAUUUGCUACGAAUACCUGUUUUGAUAUUUACGAGAUUAACCUCAUGUGUCCUCUGACGUGGGAUGUGCUAGCGUUCCCUACUGAAUUGACAUACCUACCUCAGGGCGGAACGGUGUACUUUGACCGCGAGGAUGUCAAGAAGGCACUACAUGCUCCGGAAUCAGUCGAAUGGUCCAUCUGCUCCAACGAGAACGUGUUCGUAGGAGGAAAGGCCGGACCAGAGGGAGAAGGCGACGCAUCAGCAAAUCCCAUCGAGAAGGUCCUCCCCCAGGUCAUUGAAGCGACCAACCGCGUCCUCAUCAGCAACGGCGACUACGAUAUGAUCAUCAUCACGAACGGGACUCUGCUUUCUAUCCAGAACAUGACCUGGAAUGGAGACCUGGGUUUCCAACAGGAGCCGAACGCAACAAUCUACAUUGACCUUCCUGAUCUGCAGUGGGCGGCUGUUCGUGAGGAUAAUGGUCUUGCUGUUGAUCAGCCUCAAGGGACUAUGGGAAUUCAGCACUUUGAGCGUGGUUUGCUGUGGGCGGAAACCUUCCAGAGUGGACAUAUGCAGCCAGAGUAUCAGCCUAGAGUCACGUACCGCCAUUUGGAAUGGUUGCUUGGGCGGAUUGAGAAGCUGUAA